CUCUCAGCGGUGCAGAAGAGAAUCGUGGGAAUUUUCUCAAACUUGAAGGCGAGAAAAAAAAAAAAAAAAACUUGUCUGCAGCUGUUGGAGCUUAUCAGCGGUGAAGGAGCAGCGGAGGCAUUUCAUUCAGAACAUGACUAAUCCACUGGAGAAGGCUGUGGCCCAGAAGAAGGAGGCCAUUGAGGCGGUGAUGGACAUGUUUCAGAGGGGGGCCGAGGUGUUGGCCAGUGCGGUGGGGGAGCUCUUUCCUCUUUGUGAGGCUGCUGCUCCGGUCCUGCGUCUGGCCUUAGACAACGUCCACAGCAAAGAGGUCUUCUAUGUCAAAGAGCAGUUCCUGACAGUGAAGAACAAGCUCGAUGUGCUCUCGAGCCAACUGGAGGACAUUGACUGCGAGAUCAAGAAGGGGAAACUGGACUCCCAGUACUUCUCAGUGGAGGAGAACAUUAGGAACCAGUUUAGGAAGUACAUGGAUAUACUGGAAGCAAAAGAGCAGUUCAGGGAGGUGAAGAAGAGGCUGUUUUUGGAGCACUUUGCCAAAACCGGAGGAGAGAAGAACCUGCGUGUGCUCUGUGAUGCUCUCAUGGGGACUAACUGCUUUGGAGAGUCCAUUUUAGACGUGGUAGAAGGGUAUGUGGCAAGGAACCGGCGCCUUCUGGAAGAUUUCUGUGUUUGGAUGAAGGAGCUUCUCUGCUUGGGCCUGAUUGCUCUGCUGGGCCACUGCGCCUUAACUCGGGGCCAAGAGGAGGAGCAGGACAAAAUCCAAGAGUGGAGCAGCAAAAUCGAAGAAGUUGAGUCCAGGAUGAAGUCAGCCAUUGAGUCUUGCAUUGCUGCUUUCCCAGAGCAAGCAAAACUAGACACCCAACGUCUCCUGCAGGAGAACCAAGAAGAUAAUCUUCAGGAUACAACUCAGCAGCUUUUAGAGUUCUUGGUGAAAAAGUACGACUGGGUCAGCUGGUCAGUGCGGCUGAUCAACCAUUCAGGCAGCACCUACAGGAACUGGCGAGCAGGGGAGCAUUUUCAUCACGUGGCAGGGCAGAACUGGUUCGAGGUGCUCCAGGUGAACAACAUCAACCUGGUGGUGUCGUACAGCACCAAACCGCAGCCUGUGCCCCGCGACUGGAUCAGGCAGCUGAUGGAGGCUCAGGGGAAGAAGGGAAAUGCCCCAGCUGUGGUGGAGGUGCUGGAGAAGCAGCUGGGUGGGUUUGUUGUUCAUGCAGUCAGUCGCCACAAGGAGUCCGCAGCUGCGUGGAGCUUUCCGGAAGACUGCCAUUACUGGGAGAGGCACAAGAACGUGGCUGUGUGCGUGCACUCGGAGUAAAGCUGCCAUACGAUCCAGGCUUCAGGACGUUAGAGCAGACAGGUAUAUUUAAAGGAAGAUACUUGAGAUUUUUGUUGCUGGAAGACAAAGAAAUGAAGGAUGCACUGAUCUGAUACGCUGGAUUGAUCAAGAAUAUUGUUUUCUAUCAUUUAUGCUAACACCAAUCAUGCAAACGAGGCUCUGUAAGGCAUUACAUGCUGAGAAGUAUUACACGGUUAGUGGGAGAAGAUUUAUUCAGAUUCUUACUGUGGAUGAAUAUUACAAUAACGCUCCACUGUAAGGAGAAGGGAUUCGAAAUCUGCCAGUAAAAACAGAAGAAUCCAAAUGAGGAAAAAAUAUCAGCAGUUUAACUGAAUUAUUAAAGUCAGAGUGUGAGGAAGGAUUCACUGUGGCUGACAUCACACUCAGUGAAACAUCAAAGAGUAACAAAUGUUUCAGAUUUUUAUCACAUCACAGAAUACAUUUAAGGAGAUAAAAUGGUUACUUUUGCUGCCUUUUACAUUUUGAAAAUAUUACAAACUUUGGUCAGACACUAGUUAUUUCUCUCUUUGUAGUACAGGUCACAGGUCACAGGUCAUCAGGUCUGCUGGUCCUGUUUUAAGGAUCAUUAGGCACCAAAAUGACUGCUGGCUUUGGAAAAAGAUGGUGUUUAGGUUAAAACAGUCUCCUUCCCAGCAGUAUCGUUGCACGAUCACUGCCGUUAACGAGUGUGCGUGAACUGAGACGUGAAAACGACAUCAUUUAAUGGCCGAGAAGGAGAACCGGCUGCGCUGAUGCUUUUCUUUUAUUUACAGUGACAGUGAAGUGAAUCAGAGGGGAUGGAGACACUGUUACACUUAUUUUUAUUUUUAUUUUACACGGGGGCUGGUGGGUGAGGUUCUGCUCACAUGAGAACAGAAUUGAUCUGACACGCCUACAUUAGAGCCACGCAGCACUGUGUGUGGGCCAUCGCCUGAACCCACACAAUAGAAUCAAUAUUGGACAAAAUCAGAUCAGUGCAGCUCUCACAAAAUUCAGUUUCACAGCUUAAAAUAAUGUAACCACAAUAAUGUAACCACAAAUGCACUUUUAAGAGCUGGUCGAGCUCUCAGAUAUUCUCAGAUAUUUUCUACAUAAUUUAAUUCAAUUCAGUUUUAUUUAUAAAGCGUCACAUCACAACAAACAGUCGCCUCAAGACGCUUUGUAUUGUAGGCAAAGACCCUACAAUAAUUAGCCGUAGCUCUGUGAAUCACUUGCAUAUGUAUUCGUAAUACUAACAGUUAAAUAAUAACAUUAGGGUCUUUGCUUUUACCUCAGCUGCUUACAGUAAUAACCCUGUCUCCCUUGGGAAACUGCUGCUGGACCCACAGCUUUGGAGAGCUGGUUUUGCUGAGGCUGCAUCCACAGCUCUUUGCUCCCUCUUUGUCCGUGCUCAGCAGGCUGGCCUACAUCCCCCCGACAGGCAGCGGGGAGGUCACUUUCUCAGGCGUGAAAAACAAGAGGCUUGGAGGUUGGCGCUGGAGAUGUAACAAUGUGCCUCGUGUUCUGUACGCAGUCAAACCUGAAGCCCACUGCCGACCGGUGCCAGACCUGAAAAUGAUGAAAAAAUACGAGUUAGCAGCUGCACACAGGAUCUGUAUGAUUUAUGCACCAUUUCAUCCAUGUAGAUGCCAUGUUCUUUCCCUCCUAUCUGUUCUGUCUUAAACUGCAUCCAAAGAUUUUCCCAGAUAACGUAUAUGAACGAGGCUUUAAUUCACUGUGCAGAAUGAAUGGUUAGCAUGGCUGUUUAUGCUUUAUGACAAUUAAUGAGUAAGAACAAAAAUCUAAUGAUGUGUAAACACGUGUAAUCUAAUAUCUGUCUCCUUUCUCUUGUACAAAUGUGAUUUAUGUGGCACCGUUAGUGCCUGUGCCCAUUAAACUGAAGCAGUGCACCCUCA